AUGUCUCCUUGUAAAUCAAUCAACGCCAAAUUACGAAAGACAAAUAAUAAAAACAAAAAAUGGAAAAAUAGCGUGUUCCGCGUCUUUCGAUUUAAACUAGAGUUCCGGGGGUGUGACAUUUCCCUCGUCAUGGCUUAUGUCAAAGAUAUAAGUGAUAUACCGUUAAAAAAGACUCAAGAAACUUUUGUCGAUGAUCCAACUUCGAUUGAUGAAGUCUUUAUUGAUGAUCUUGUAUUUGAUAUAAAUCAUGGUAUUAAAAAUAUAAAUAAACUUCAUGUAUUCCAUGCCAUAGUUGUGUUAUGUACAACUUUAAAGGAUAUCAUCAAAUUACAAUCAAAUCCAGAGUUAUUUCAAAAAUUUAAACAUCAACAAUUAUUGAAAUACGGUAUAAAUUUAGAUGAUUAUAAAUUAACUCCUCCGCCACCUUUACUUUCUACUUCAUCAUCCGUAUCCUCAUCAGAUCCAACUUCAAGAGUUCCAACCAUAUUAUCAUCUUCAAUUAUUCCUCCUGGAAGAUCUUCAACUCCUCCUUUAUCACCUCCAUUGAAAUUUGCUAAAUUAAAUCGUAAUGAUACAAAUACAGAAAAUUUCGAAUCAUUAAGAGAAUCAACUCCAAAUUCUUUGUCUAAUAGUGAACUGAAUCAAGAUGAAAAAAAUGAGGAUGAUUUACAAGAUGAUACCACUAAUGAGAACAUUGAUCAAUCGAAUGAUGAUAAUGAAAGUCAUGAUAAUUAUAACAAUAAUGAACAACAAAGUAAUGCUCCUUAUAUACCUAUAGAUGAAUUGAUCAAAAAUUGUUCAUUGGAACCAAUUGAAAAUCCUAUCACUGAUAUCAAUAAUGAUAAAUUCUUUAAAGAAUAUCAAUAUAAUCAAGAUUUAAAAAGACAACAUCAAACUACUCAUUUAUUAAAAAGUUUUAAAUUAUUGAAAAUUCCUCCUUUAACCAUUGAUCAAUUUUUAAUUAGAAUUAAAACUUAUUCAUCAUCCAUUUCAGUGAGUUCUUAUAUUCAUUCUGCUUCAAUGUUAUUUAAAUUAUGUAUCUUAUUAGAUAUUGUCCCUUUAACUGAAUCAAAUGUUUAUCGAUUAAUCCUUGCUUCCAUAAGAUGUUCAACUAAGAAAUUAGAAGAUGUUUAUCAAAAACAAAAAUCUUUUGCUACAGUGGGUGGAAUCACCACCAAGGAUUUGUUUAGAUUGGAAGUUUCUUUUUUAUAUCUUUGUAAUUUUAAAUUAAUCAUUAGUGAAAAUGUCCUUGAUAAUUUCUUAACUACUGAAUUCACUGCAUUAAGAGGAUUCUGUAAAGAUCAUUUUGAAUCAUGA